AUGUUGGAAAAUUAUGCUUUAGUUCUCUUCUGGAAAAACCCUUCUGCUACUGAAUUCGAAAAUAAUAAUCGCAAAGAAUUUUUGAAUGUAAUGAAAGAUCAUAUGUUAUUUGAUCAAUCAUUGAUUGAUCAACCGAAAGAUUGGGAAAUACUUAUUAACAUAGAACGUCAACGCAUUUUCGAUAUGAAAAGUACAACAGGAAACCAAGGAAAAGAUUUACGACUUUUUGCUGCAUCGAUUUCUCUUGCUAGGCUUUAUCAAGCUCAAUAUCAUUUUUAUGGCGAUUUUAAGACUGAAAACAUGAAUCUUUCUUCUGUUGCAAGUAAAGAAGUGCGUUUUACAAUAGAAAAUAUACUCAAUCCAGUUUUACGAAUCAUUGCCCAGAGCAUAAUUUUAGAUAUGAAAAAUCCAUUUAUCUUUGAUGACGAACAAAGAGAUCAAUUGCAAUGGGAAAUCAUUAUUCUACUACAAUCUCUAUUACCAAAUCUUUCAUUAUUACAAUCAACUCUUUUAUUUGUUCAAUGUUACACGUUACACCAGACCUUUUCACUGGCUUUUCAACAGAUGUCUAAGAUCAUCGGAGAAAAACUGAAUGAAACUUCUACGAACAAUCAAUGUCAAGAACAAGAAGCAGCAUAUAUUGCAUUACGACAAGUCAAUAACUCAGAUCUUUCACAUUAUUUAUCAGAAUUCGCAAAAAAAAAGGAAAAUUUAUCUGAUCUUUUUCAUUUCAAUUCAACAAUAUUCCACCGCUAUUUUUCUAAUACUACAUCAUUUAAAUCAUCAAAUACUGUUCUUCUAUCAAUCAUGUAUUUAGCUGAGUUGGCUUUUGAUGCUCAAAUUCUUAUAAUAUAUACAAAUGACGAUGAAAAGAGACAAAUUUCAUCUUGGAAAGAAUUCAAACAAUUAUGGAAUGAGUCAUCGAGUGAUAAAAAAAUAAUGACUUUUCAAGUUGCAUCAUGGAUUACACAUUAUUUGCAGAAGUCAGACAAAGAUGAACUUCAUCAAAUUAUUCGAGACGUAUCUUCUUGCUUAAUGAUCGAAAAAAAAGCUUUUUCAGUGGUUGAGAAAUGGUUCGAUUAUCGAACUAAUAAAAUACUGAGAUUUUUUACACAAUAUGCCGCAUUACAAUUGGUGAAAGAAGGUUUAGAUAUUUCUGGUUCGAUUGAUAUCAUCAAUGAAAUAUUUGAUAUUGAUUGCGGUCUUCGUCUGAAAUCGCUCGUAGAAUGUUUAUUUAAUUCACGAUUUAUUCAGUCAACUACUAUUCAUCAAUUUUUAAUAUUAUUAAAUACACAUAUUUAUUAUUCUUUGCACAUUUCUGUCUAUAUUUACCAUAAAGAAAUGUUAGAAUUACUUUUGAAUUUGGAACUAAAACGAAUUAUCGCAAAUAAACAUGUAUUAUCUUCAAUGUCAACAAAAUCAUUUCUAUCGAUGGUCUACGGUUGUUCAGAAGAUUUGCAAUGCUAUCUCGCAGAGCAUUUAUACCAAUUCGUCAAUACACAAUCUGAGCUUGAACAUAUGAUUAAAGAUGAAUAUCUUGCUGUUAUUUUCAAAUGGAUUAUUCAAAUUUCGUAUUGGAAUAAUUAUUGUGAAGACAUAUGGAAAGAACUGUACACAUAUAUUUUUACAUAUCUUCAUGAUCAUCAAUUUCCUCGAGUUCAUAAAGCAAUUCUCUAUGCUCUCUGUUCAAUGCUUGUUGGUUCUGACCCAUGCAGAAGACAUAUUUUUAUGCAAGAUUAUAUAAUUAUUCAUUUUGAGAAAAUCAUUUAUUCAUACGAAACAUAUUCAGAAGAUGUUCUAAGUGCUUGUUUGCUGAUUUAUGGUAAUUAUAUACUUAAAUUACAAAAAUCUCAAAUAAAUAAAAAUAUCUCAGACAAAAUGCAAUAUUUACUUACUAAUCUUUUUGAAAACUCAUCAUCACAAAUUAUUUCUAUCAGAGCUGCUCUCUGUUUAAUUUUUAUAGAACAACGCAAUAUAAUGUCUACUACAGUAAUGAAUUGGUUUAGAAACAAAUGGAAUAUAACAUCUGAAAAGAGAUAUAACAUAUUAUUACAACAACCAUUAUAUACAGAAGCUAUAUAUUUAUCUUAUGAAACUGUCGACGAAGUUGUUAAACAUAUAAAUUCUGAUGAAUUGAUUGAUAGAUUUAUCUUUGAUUUUUAUAAUUAUUUAUAUAGUGAACAUAGUAAUAGUUAUAAUCUGUUUGAGUAUUCUCCUUAUUAUGUUCAUAUAGCAUUGACGAUUAUUAAGGAAAAUUUCAAUCGAUUUUGUAAUGCUGUGAAAAACAGUUCAUUUGGUGAAGAGAAAUUCAAAAACGAAUUAUUUUAUCUUUAUUUUCAUCCGACGAAUAAAAACAGAGAUAGUACGGCGUUAGUAAAACUUUAUGCCGCUUUUGGUGUUCUUACUAUCGAUUUAUUUGAUAUGUUGAAAUGGAUGAAAGAUCAUUGGGAUGAUGAUUUAUGGAGUUAUCUACGACAUAUUAAGAAGGUUUCUGAUCGAGAUGUUAUUGAAAAAUUAUUCGAACUUUUAGAUUUAAUGGCAUAUGAUACAAAAUCUACACAUUUUUCAUAUUUUGUAAAAUUACUUCUUCAACUUGCUGAAGUUCAUGUUAUAUCUUUGUUGGAAGUGCAACAACGAGUUGCAUUUGUUUUCAAUAAAUUAUUCUGUGAAAAUAUUUCCACUGAAUGGCGCGAUGAGAACCAUAUUUUAAACUUAUUAUUAAAUUCGACCUGCCUUAAAAACGAACUAUUAUUGAAUUCUGAGACAGAAGCUGUUACUGAGAAUGAUAUUGACGAAGCAUUUGACAGAGAAAUUCAAAGUGUUGACAAGGAAUUAGCUCUGUUUCUCAGAAAAAAUCACUUCCUUACUAAUUUUUGA